GUCACCGCUUUCGUCUUGAACGCAAAACACAUGUAGAAAAACAUAAGAAACAAACAAAGCCAUCAAUAUUACUAUUCUCUAUUUUUCAAUGUUGACGAUUGAAGAAAGGAUAAUGAUGUUACCAGAAGCAUGCGUGGCUAAUAUACUCUCCUUCACAACUCCGGCCGACACAUUCUCCUCGGCGUCUGUCUCCUCUGUUUUCCGGGUCGCGGGAGACUCUGAUUUCGUCUGGGAGAAGUUUCUUCCCUCAGAUUACAGCCGCCUCAUCUCUAGCUCCACUCAUCAGAGUUUCUCCUCCAAAAAGGAGCUCUUUCGUUGUCUCUGUGAAUCAAUACUCAUCGAUAAUGGCAGAAAGAUAUUCAAGAUCGAGAAGCUAACUGGGAAGAUAUCGUUUGUUUUGUCGGCAAGAGAACUUUCCAUAACUUGGAGCGAUCAACGACAUUACUGGUCUUGGAGCCAUCGAUCAGAUUCAAGAUUUUCGGAAGGGGCCCGACUUAUAAUGACGGACUGGUUAGAAAUCAUCGGAAAAAUCCAAACCGGGGCUCUAUCGCCGAGCACGAGCUACGGAGCUUAUCUGAUUAUGAAAGUGACUGAACGAGCAUAUGGACUAGACUUGGUUCCGGCCGAGACUUGGAUAAAAGUGGGGAAUGGUGAGAAUAAAACAAAGACGAGUUAUCUAAGUUGCUUGGAUGACAAGAAACAGCAAAUGGCCAAGAAGGAGGAGAUUUUCGGAUAUUAUCGGAGAGAGCCGGAGAUGCGAGAAGACGGGUGGAUGGAGAUAGAGCUGGGAGAGUUCGAGACAGGACGGGAAGGUAACGAGGAGGUUGUGAUGAGUCUAACCGAAGUGAAAGGGUAUCAGUUGAAGGGUGGGAUUGUAAUUGAUGGGAUUGAAGUCAGGCCUAAAUCUCAAAAGUUGAGCUGCUAAAUUAAAGAUGGGUGCAAAAUAUUUCGGUUAAGUUGAUAAAUGUGAAUAAUUUCGGGUGGAAACUUGUACGAUGAGAAAAUUAAUGAGUUGGCCAGUCGUUAUCACUGAAGAAUUUUUCAUUAUUAUUGAAUUUAGAAUUUUUAGACGACUUUUCAUCCGACAAAAAAUAUUCAUUCCGUUUUAGAAUGAUCCAUGUUUAAAAAAAUUAUUUCUAAAAAGUUCAUAUUUUACAUUUUCAAUA